AUGACUCGAAACAGCAGUAGACAUGGCUCGAAGACUUUGGCUCCUCCGUCGGGCACAUCGGCAUCAUCGCCUCGUACCGCUACUGCUGCUGUUUCUGGUAGUGGUAGUGAUGGUGGUGCUGUGGGGGGUGUAGUGCCAUGCACGGAGGAGCACGUCAACAAGGCUUCUUCGUGUAUCGAAAACAGCGUGCGGCGGCGCUUCGAGCCUUGGGAACUGGGUCUUAUCAAGGAAGGGGCGUUGCAGGAGUAUGGUCUGUUGAAGAACAGCUCCGAGCGACGGGAGGUGGAGCGCGAGGAGACGAUGUUGCGGGAGGAUUUAAUCGCCGAUGCCACAUCCUUCUUCGCCGCGCUCGCUGCGUGGAAGGAAGAGGCGGGUGGCGAGCUCCUCAACGACAGGGCCAUGCGUUUACUACUACACCGUUUGGGAGGGCGGGCUGCUGCACAGCAGCGGCAGGACGAAUCACGUGAAGAGGCCCUCCGCGCGGAGGGACGUGCGGCGUGGCGGCACGAGGUCGAGGAGACGGCGCGGCUCGAGCAGCAGGAGCAGGCGCUGGAACAGUGGCGCCGCGAGUGCGAGCAGUCGUUGCGCGCCGCCUGCGCUUUCCUCAUUGGCACCGAGGCCUCCUGGCGCCGUGACGAGGCCGCGGUGGAGGCGGCCGCGUGGUCCUCACUUUGCGCACGGGAACUAGCCGACCGCAGCGAGGCGGAACGUCUAGCGUACGAGAACUUAAUGAACAGCCCGGAGCAGGUGGCGCUGCGCGAAGAGCGCGAGCGUAAGGAGGCUGCCGCCAAUCGAGCAGCAGCCCGGCAGAUGAAGCGGUUCCUGCAUCAGCAGGAGGAGCUGGUGAAGUCAUGCCGCCACGGCCGCGGCCACGCAUCCCUUUUCGAGGGGCCAGUNGCGCGGAAGUUGUGCGUUCUGUGCGGUGUAAAGUUCGACGACACGCUCGGUUAUUACGUGCGUAUACGCGGCGGCACCAUCGCCCCACCAGAAGCCCUAACUGCCACGCGACAGCACUCAACAGCAAUGCCGGCGACAACAACGCUGCCGCCGAUUGUACAGCCACCAGAGCAGCAGCAGCAGCAGAAGAAGAAAACACGGACAGGGAGUGUGGCGAAGAAACCUCCAGCAGGGGAGAAGAAGGUGAGUGUUGUAAGGAAGAAUCUGAAUCCACAAAAGAAGUAG